ACAAAAACAGAGGAAAGCAGAGAAAAAAAAUCAAAAAUAAAAACAGACACCCAAAUUCAUGGAUUUACAAGAAUGCCCGCGUCGUGCUUUCUUUCCUAUAAAUGGAAUUGCCUCCCCUUCCAUUGUUCCAUUCCUAUAUUCGAGUCCCUCAAAAGUAGCUUCUUUUAGUUCAGAGCAAAGAAAAAGAAAGAAAAUAAUAUAAAAAAAAAAUCUUUCUUUCGAAGUUGGAGGGUUUAGUCGGGAGAGAAAAUGUUGGGAGUGUUUAGCAGUUCGAUAAUGUCUCCACCGGACGAGCUAGUGGCCGCUGGUUGCCGAACUCCGUCGCCUAAGAUAACCGCGGAUGCUCUGGUGAAACGGUUCCUUGAGACAAACUCCUCCGCCGUGUCCAUGCAGAUCGGCGACCAUGCCCAAUUCGCCUAUUCUCACCACAACGAGUCCGCUCUACAGCCCAGAUCAUUUGCUGUGAAAGAUGAAAUCUUCUGUUUGUUUGAGGGUGCACUUGACAACUUGGGGAGUUUAAAGCAGCAAUAUGGACUUGCUAAGUCAGCCAAUGAGGUGAUAUUGGUUAUUGAAGCUUACAAGGCUCUUCGUGACAGAGCACCUUACCCUCCCAACCAUGUGGUUGGCCAUCUAAGCGGGAGCUUCGCUUUCGUUGUCUUUGACAAGUCCACCUCCACCUUGUUUGUGGCUUCUGAUCAAUUUGGUAAGGUUCCUCUUUACUGGGGAAUCACGGCUGACGGAUAUGUGGCCUUUGCUAAUAAUGCUGAAUUGCUUAAAGGUGCCUGUGGCAAAUCUCUUGCUUCUUUCCCUCAAGGUUGUUUCUUCUCCACAGCUAUUGGAGAACUAAGGAGCUACGAGAAUCCUAAGAACAAGAUCACUGCUGUUCCCGCUAAAGAAGAGGAGAUAUGGGGUGCUACAUUUAAGGUUACUUGGGAGUUCAUACGUUGUAUGUGAUGAUAGGCGCAAAGAUUAAUCUUUUCAAUAGCAGACCUUUAAAGCAUGAUAUGUGGUACCAAGGGAAAUUCAUUCACAAGGAAGCUGGUGUAAAGCUUCUUACUGUGUUGACAGCCGAAGAAGAAGUAUAACCUAUUAAGUAAAGAGGCCUGUAACAUAUAAAUCCUGUUUCUGUUUGUCCAUUAUGACAUGACUAUUGUUUUGUUUUGUUUGUGGUUGCUAGGCGCCAUCAAUUGUCCAUGUCAACUACCUGUAAAGAUUUCACUUUGAACCACAUAAUUCCGAGUCUAUCAUUACUUACUU